ACGCCGGGAGCAGACUGGGUGGGGGGCCCGGGGAGAACUGCAGAGUCGCUCCAACUUUGGCAAGGAAGCGGGCAGAUGGAGGGGGACAGGCUUGCCGUACCCCCCAGUACGGGCGACCGAUCGCAACGGAGUAGCGUCUCCUCCACCGGCCCCCGAACCCAGGACGUCCUGGUGUACCUUAUUGACGACACAGUGGUGCGGUUAACGGUGGACCACCUGCCGUCGGUCACGGCGCACGAGUUGCAUCGGAUCGUGUUGGAGACGCUGAGGUUGCCCGAAUGUGCCCUGGAGAUCUUUUCGUUGUGGCUGGUCUCCCCCUUCCUUGAGGUACAGCUGAAGCCGAAACACCAGCCUUACAAGGUUUGCCGGCAGUGGCAAGAGCUCCUCUUCCGAUUCACCAGCUGCUCCGGGGACGAGAUCCUCGAAGAUGAACCGUCGCUACAGUUUCGAAGAAACAUAUUUUUCUCGAGAAGGAAGGAGGUGCAGAUCCAGGACGAAGACAUUCUGCGGCUCUUGUACGAGGAGGCCAAAUACAACAUCCUGGAAGGGAGGCACCCUUGUGAUCUGGCCGACUGUGAGGUGCUGGGAGCCGUGGUUUGCCGGGUGAACUUGGGCCCCUACAAUCCGGAGCUGCACACGCCCUGUUUCCUGAAAGAGAGACUGGACUCCUUCCUGCCCUCCCACCUCUGCCGAAGAGGACACGGGCUCCUCGCGGCUCUGUGGAAGCGUGGCGCUACGCGGCCCCCCGCCGACGAACAGGGCCUGCUCCGUGCCUACCGGGUGGUACCAGAGGAAGGGGCUUCUGAGGAACACGCCGCCCUGCCCAAGCUGUACCACGCUUACCUGCAGAAAUGCCAUGAGCUGCCUUACUAUGGCUGUGCCCUUUUCUCUGGGGAAAUAGAGAAGCCAGCCCAGGGCUUGUUGCACCGAGGCGGGCGCAAAGCCGUGAUGGUAGCCAUCAGUCUUGAAGGCGUCUACAUCAUUGACAGCAAGGAGAAGCACGUUUUGCUGGGCCUGCGCUUCCAAGAACUCUCCUGGGAUCACACCUUCCCCAGCGAGGAAGAGCACAUCCUGUGGUUGGAGUUUGAUGGAGAGAAUGAAGGCGUCCCGGUCAACAAACUGCUCAAGGUCUACUCCAAGCAGGCUGAACUCAUGAGCGGUCUGAUUGAGUAUUGCAUCGAGCUGAAUGCGGCUGCUGAGGGGACGGAUCAGGACCCCGCCGCCGGUGCAACUCCGUCUGCUGGACCCCAGAGCCCCCCGUCUGACAGGCAGCGCCCCAAAUUGCAACGGCAGAAUAGCGUCCUUUGCAGCCGCAUCCAGCAUCUUUCCACCAUCGACUACGUCGAGGAUGGUAAAGAUAUCAAGAGGGUGAAACCUCGCCGGACUACCUCCUUCUUCGGCCGGCCGCUGUCAAACACUCCCACCUCCUACUCGGCAGUGCGGGCAGCGGAGAACCUGGAACAAGGCUGAUUCCCUUUUGGCGGUGGGUAGCGACGGGACCAACCGGCCUCAGAACUGGGGGGCCAGGCGGUGUCGUUGAUGUGUUGACACUCCUCGGGGGUUAGAUGCUGCCUCUCGGCCGUCCCCAAAUACAUCUCAAGUACGUUAGGUUAUUUUUGUCCUCGCCCCAAACGGACUCUGGCUUGGAUUACCGCAAUGUGCCUCAUCUAUACCUUCUCGUCAUUUCCACCCAUUUAAUUUCCAUCCUGCAGUGAAGCUGCUGCAAAGAUCUUUAUUGUACUUCUCUCUCUCUCUCUCUGGUGGCCGGCUUCCGGAUAUUGCUUUUCCGUUUCAGCGGCCUAAUGCUCCCUCCUUGCCUCUCUUAGCCGCCUUUUCAUUUGGUGUCCAACUGGAUAAAUCCAAUAGUCAGCUGAGGAGGAGAUCUUCCAUUGGCGGGGCUGAAAGAGAAAAGGCUGAGCUUUCACCUUGCCUGGCAGUUUUAGGGUCUAGAAGGAAUAUUUAAGCCAGUAAGAAUAUUUAUUUCUUACACUUCUGUCCUUCCCUUUCCACCAAAGAGUAGCAUACAUGAUCCUCCUCCUCUCUGUUUGACCCUUACGACAACCCAUCAGACAUUUCUCUCUCCUUAACCAGCCUCCUCUUUCAAGAAUUGCAUCUUUAGGUCCUUCUUGUUGUUGUAGACCGGCUGCUUGUUCGUUGGUUAAAUUAUUUACUUUCAUGCCACUAAGAUAUAUAUAUUUUCCUCUUCACACACAGCUUGGUGAUUAGGGAGCCAGAGCAGAAAUGCUGUGAAUUUGGGGGUCCGUCUUCCAUGCUGGCUUUAAAAGCGAUCCUUUUUUAAAACUUGAAUAAAUGGCAGUGAAGGGAUUGGCGUUAAAGUUUGACUUCGAAGCAGGGAUCUUGGGGAAGCGGUUUUCUCCUUGAGUCAGAACAGGCUUGCACAAUUGUUUGCGUUCGCUGGAACACCGCUUCAGUGGGGAAGGGAACACAUGAUUUCACCUCCACAGCGGCAGCUCACUGCCCCCAAUGCUGGCAUUUUUAAGGUGCUUCUCUGUUUUCACCUCGAGCGACGCAUGUGGUCAUCACAAAUGCCCUCUCGGCUUCUGUUUCCUUGAAGUAGCCGGAACUGAGCUGUGUUGGCUCUACAAGGAGGGGACCGUCAACAAAACAGAUGCCCCUUAGACAUUUAACCAAUCUAUAUAUAUAGGAGGGAUGCAUUUUGCAAGGGAAUCAGACCACGCUUCUCCCCUUUUUAUUAUUAUUUGUGUUUGGAUGUUUCUGGGAAGGGCACCUGUCUAUAUGCAGCUGAAAAAUGAGCAGUGUGUGAUGUAUAUCACACACUCAUACACUGACACUUCUUUUUUCCUGGUGGGCAUACUUCCCAGAAUUGGGUAUUUCUUGCAGGCCCCUCUAAAAUGGAUGCCUUUGUCGACAACCCACCAUGAGGCUGUGCAUUCACUUCUGUACUAGGGGGCAGAGAAACCCUUGGGGAGCUGUUUGGGUUCACUUGUUUUGGGUUGGGAUGGGAUCCCACAUGCAGACGAGAUGUUUCUUAGCAUUCUUUUACUAUGCCUCCAUUUCCUCACGUUCCUUUACGUCCAAAGAACUUUUUUUGCGGGGGGGGGGGGGGAGAGGCGGGUGCCUUUUGGGUCAAGAAAAGCACCCUCUCUUGUUUCUGGAUCUGUAAUGCACGGAGUCCUCUCAGUAACUGGCUCUUGAUUUUAAAUGGCAAUCUUCUUCUCUCACCCCACAACAUUUUUCUACUGGGUCCAAACCUGUAUUUGCCCACCUUGUUCCAGCAUCUGUACCGGUUUUGUCCUCUGGGACUGGUCUGGCAAUAAAACCAUUGCAAGAGAAAUGCAUCUUGCUAAGGGCUGCCCCUUUUAUCAAACUUUUAUUUGGGGGGGAAGUGCCUUCCCACCCCAACACAAAGCAACAUUAUGCACUGUCACUAAUCUCCGUUUUCAGAGUGUGUGUAUACUUUCUGACUUUGUAUAGGACAUUGUUUAUUGCAAUAAAGA